UUCAAUUCAUAGGCAUUCAUUUUUCAUUUAAGCAUAGCUUUUUCUACAAUUUUGUUAGACCUGUAAGGCUGCCCACCAUUAAAAACAUAACUUAUUUACCUCGAUAUUUAAGAUUCAGCAACUUUUGUCUCUCCGGUUUCACCUGUGUCUUCUUGCAGAUUUCGUGCUUCAGGAUAGCCACCGUGUCGUGAUCAGUGAGAUCUUCGAUUGGAUACUCCUUUCCACUCCAUUUCACAAUGAUCUUGAUCUCUUUGGAUGCUUGUGGAUCCAUAUUUACGGUAAUCUUUCUCUAACUGCUGCCUUGUCGCAACUGUUUUUAACAAUCGAGUACCGAAUAUCAAAUUUACUUGUUUAUCGUUUUGCGGUUAUGUCACUUUGUUUGACGGAAGAAACGUCAAGUUGAUUUUGCGUUCGCGUUUUCGCUGUUGAUGUUGUUUUUUGUGCUAAACGUUACACCGGCAUUUGAAAACACAACACUUAUUUUUUCGUUAUUUAACUGGAAAAUAUAUUUAACCAAGCAAACGGAUUUGAAAAUGUCUAGUGUAUCAACCGAUAAAGUAUCGUUUUUGCAAAAAUAUCAAUUUCUCGCGGAAGUAGUUCCGAAUGUUUAUUUGGGGCUUUAUCGUGGUAUUUUUAAAAUCAAAAUUACUCUGCCAUCGUUUCCGCUGCUAACAAAAAUGAGCAUUUCCGUUUUCCAAAAAUUAUGCUACGUGGACGUCAAAAAUGUGCCGAAAGUCACCAAUCUAAUCGAAUAUAUGGACAACUUACUUAAUCUUCUAGAUAGACAAAAGCUCCAAGAUGAAAGCAUGAUUCCUGAUAUGAGAUAUUUUCUAGACAUACUAAAUCAGCUAGAGCGAGUCAAAAAGACUCACAAAUGCAAGAUUCUCGCUACUAAAAAUUUGUCGCACCUAAAGCUCUCCGGAUUUACGGCAAACGAAGACCAUUAUCUUGAGAUGAACCGCAUUUCGGAUGCGGAAUUUGCCGUAACACUGCACAGUCUUCCAGAGUUGGGAUCAUCAGUUGAGUUAUUUAAAUGGCAGGCAUCGCCAGAGGCGCAUUGUACUGCAUUCGUUCAAUUAUUAGAUCAACUGGAUGAGUUCUACGCCAACCUGUAUAAGAUUGAUCAGCUUUGUUACGUUGUUGAUCCGCCGAAGAUUGACGCCCGAACGAACUGGCGAACUAUCAAAUUUAGUUCGAAAGUUUUCCUGAAAAUCACUUUGCAUCCUUUACAGCCAUCCUCGAUUAUAGUAGCUUUCAUUGGGCCUACGAAAGAGACGGAAUAUCUGAGGGAACUGUACGACAGCAAGCUCGAAAACUGGGACCCGGAUAGUGAUGUGCACACAAAUUUGUUGAGAAUAUUCGAAAUCAUGUCCUUUCCAAUGCGAAUGCAAGAUGGUGACAGCGAUGAUUGCACAGUAAGCUGCGGGAUUUGCAUGUCAUACAGGAAUGAUAACAAUCGGAUUCCUAUUGUUUCUUGUGACAACGAAAAAUGUUCGCUGAUUUUUCACAUCGAGUGCUUGAAACAGUGGUUUCUUUCAUUGAAGCAGAGUAAGACGUUUUUUGCUAUAUCGGUAGGAACCUGUCCCUUCUGUAAGCAGAAGGUAUCCUCCAGUUUCGAUGAGUUGCUGAGUGAUGUGUGAAUAUUUUUUUCUAUAUUAAAACAUCUAUUAUGUAGAUUUUUCAUGAUGAUUUUACAUGAAUAUAGUAAUAUUUCGUUCAAA